AUGUACCGGUCUCUGUACGCCUUCCGAUCCGCGGAGCCCAACUCGCUGCACUUCGCGGCCGGAGAAAGCUUCCUAAUCCUGGAGAGGAGCAACAAACACUGGUGGCUGGGCUCCCGCUGCAGCUCGGGGGAAACCGGCUACAUCCCGUCGUCAUACAUCGAGAAAAUACAGGCUCCAGAGCAGGAUGAGGUGUUGCAGUCUAUUGACAGAGCAAUCGAAGGAAUCCACAAUGUGGCCUUAAAAAAUGGAGGCAAAUACAAUCUGGAGCAGAGAGACGUUCUACAAAAGCUGAUCCAUCACAGAAAGGAGACGCUCGCACGACGAAGUUCCUCGUCCUCCGGUCCCAAACAAGGCCUCCCAUCUUCCAGCAGUGAAAUAUCUCUCAGUCAAACUCCUCCUCCACCCAACGGCCUUAACCGAGACUACGGGCGACAGGGGAGCGUGCCGCUGUCAGGAAGCGUGGACAACAUACAGGCAGAACAGGGCAAUUAUCAGGUGCCUCCUCAAGCUCGGCGUGCGGCUCCGAUCACCCCACCUCCCCCUGAGAAACAGCGAAAUGGCCGGCGUCCAGCCGAGCCGGAGGUCCCCUCCAGAGGGUCCUCUCUCGCUCCGUCCCCUGUUCCCUCCCUCUCGAUCAGCACCACCUCCAUAGAGUCCGGCUCCUCCCACUCACUGGUCUCCUCUGAUGUCAGCUUGCCAAGUGUGUCCAGCACCCCCCCUCCUCCCGUGCCAUCCCGCGUGAAGCCCACUGCGCCGCCUCCAGACGUGCCUCCCGCUGACUCCCCUCCUCAGCCGGCUCCUGCAAAGAAGAGCCCGGCUCCACAGCCUCCCCGGCUCACCCCUCCUCCCUCACAGCCCGCCGUGGUGGAGGAGCAGCCGGAAACUGAAUGGCCCGUCGCCCCCCCGUCUGUCGCUGAAAGCCCUCCUGGCAGCCCCACUACCCCUGAUCUAGUUCCCAUGACCAUCGGGGCCGAACUGAUCGAGCUGGUGCGGAAGAACACGGGCCUGAGUUACGAGCUGUCUCGGGUCGCCGUUGGCGUGGUGGUCGGCCAUCUGCAGACAGCUCUACCUCAAGCCUCCUCUGACCUGGAGCAGGUUCUCCUCUCACUGGUGCAGAGCAAGGUUUCGAGUGCAGCGCUGCCGCAGGGUCAGGUGUGUCACGAUGAGCAGAGGCUGGAGGUGAUCUUCAGCGACCUCGCCCGUCACCGGGACGACUCUCAGCAGCGUAGCUGGGCGCUUCAUGAAGACCACGCUCUCAUCGCCUGCUACCUCGAGGAGCUGCUGAAGAUACUGACUGAUGCAGAUCCAGAAGUGUGUAAGAGGAUGUGCAAGGACAACCACUAUGAGAAUGUGCUGUCUCUGGUUUCAUAUUAUCAGAUGGAGCAUCGUGUGUCUUUGCGGCUGCUGCUGCUCAAAGUGUUCGGGGCGAUGUGCAGCCUGGACGCUUCUCUCAUCUCCACCCUCCUCAACUCCAUCCUCCCCAUGGAGCUGGCCAGGGACCUGCAGAAUGACACACAAGAGCACCAGAAGAUGUGUUACACAGCUUUGGUUCUUACUAUGAUCUUCUCCAUGGGCGAACAGGUGCCAUAUCAUCACUACGAACACUUGAAUGACGACUUUGUCCAGUUUCUGCUGGGUGUGGUGGAGGACGGGCUUCCCUCUGAUCCCACAGAGCAGCUGCCUGACAUCUUCCUGAACGUCGUGCUGUCCUUCAACCUGCACCACACAGCACCCGGCAACAACGUGAUCAUGCAGGAGCUGAAGAAGCAAAAUGUCAAGAUCCUGUCAGAGAAAGUGGUGCUGCUUCUGAACAGAGGCGACGACCCUGUGUGUAUGUUCAAACACACCCCGCCUGCACCGCACUCAGUGCUCAAGUUUCUGCAGGAUGUUUUCGCCAGCCGAGAGACCGCCGACAUCUUCUACCGCACUGACAUGAUGGUGAUGAUUGACAUCGCCGUUCGACAAAUAUCUGACCUUUCACCUGGAGACAAGGUGAGGAUGGAGUAUCUCUCCCUCAUGCACUCCAUAAUCCGCUCGACGGACUACCUCGAGCACCAGCACCGCCUGUCUGACCUGCAGGGGGUGCUGCAGAGGAUUCUCAGGGAGGAGGAAGAUCCAGGAGAGGAUGAAGGGAGCGCUACAGCGAAACAGAUGGAUAAGCUAAUUGUACAGCAGAUCUACAAGGAGUUCCCACAGAUCUGCGAGAACCAGGACUAACCAUAUCAGUAUCACGCUCACACACACACUGUAGUCUGCUCCUGUCUACUGCAGGGAGGUACAAUAAAGCUUGAAAGAUGAAGAACCGAUGGGACGCCCUGUAUUAAUCUGUGCCAGCCUGUGCUGAGAGAAGCUAAUCAGUUUUGCCAAUGUUUUCUUGGACUUGUAGUCCAGGGGCUGCAGCAUGCAUGUGAUGUUUAUUUCAGAAAGAUGUUCCUGUUUUUCACAGCGUCUCCCUUCUGAAGUGAAGUUUUAGUUUUUUUUUAGAGGAGUGGGAGUUUUUUUCACUGUUGUGCUUCAAGACAAAUGCACAAUAAACCUGUGAGGUUUAGUCAUACUUGGAGAUUAAAAAUAGCCAAAAUAUAGGCCAAACAGUGGAGCUGUUUCACAGUGAAUUUCAAGCAAUAAUUACCUUAAAAACCAUAGACUUAACUGUAUGUACUCAUAGUAUUUUGAAUUAAAAGUAACAGCAGCCACGACUAAACCGUAUUCUAACCAAAAUAUAUUUUAACCAAAUUGAAUUUUAGAACAAAUUCAAAUAUUUUGAAUGAAAAAAAACUGAUUUGAAGUCAUGUUACAGAUAAAGGUGCCAUUAUUUGAAGUGUUGUGAGAAUACUUUAUGUGCUUCCCUUGUAGUGGGACCAAACUACCGUGUGUUACUGCAAGCAUCAUUUCCUUAAUAGAGUAUAAUACUCUUAAAAAACUGACUUCCUCUUUCAUUCACCCCUUCGUUCAUUAUAAUUAGAACUCAAGUCAAGUAGAACCAGUUGAACCAGUUUCCUAUUCUAGUGAGAAAAAAGCACACAGACUCAUGUGUUAUCAUUACUAAGCUUAUAGCUGAGUAACUCGCUGCUACAUGUUGAGUCUCUCCUGUGGCUCCGUCUGCAGUUUCUUUCUGGUACUUUUGUCUCUUUACUGCUUUUCAAACACUUUAAGAUGAUCGCUCUGUACUUAUAUAUGCAAAGCUCCUCUAGCAUCAGAAGUCACUGACUCUUUACAGAUUCAUGUCUGUAUGCUGCGUUCACUUUCAAACUAACUGUGCUGCAAUAAGGCUUUACAUAGCAACUUGUAAUAUCGCUGUAAUAUACUGAGUCUUGGCUUCCUGGAGGGGAAGAGUGCUCUGUCGUUGUUACCCAAAAUAAUGCAUUAGUCAGUAUUGUUGAUUUCCAGUUAUUAUCUGAUGCUCCUGCUGAAAAUCAAGACAACGGAGAGGGAAUACAGGGCAUUUCUUUUAUCUCCUUGUGGUUUUAAUACUGUAACGGCAACACGUACCUUUCCUUGUUUCUUCCCCAUGAUGUUGUGAUUAAUGUUCUCUCAUCUCACACUUUAACAUAUCUGUUUUUGUCCCUGGCAUGGCUACCCCGUAUCGAGAUGGUAGAAGCAAUCCAGCAGUGAUAUCAGUUUUUAGUUAAUGUCCAAGUGUCCGUUCAUUGAUUAUUUGUGUGUCUGUUUACAGUGCGUGAGAGAGAGAUGAGGGUCUGUUCUUUCCAUGAUUGACAUUGUCUGCUAAAGUGCUGCGACUGUGUUAUAAUAAAACUAAUAAAGCUAUAUUUUAACAGUG